GUCGAAGCCCUUGGAGAAGCACCACUGCGGCACCCCGCCCGCCAGCGAGGGGUCGCGCUGCCACUUGCGCGCCGACACGUCGUUGCCCACCGCGUACCCCGCAAUGUGUGCCAGCGCCUCCUCCUUGGCGAUGUCCCUGCCCGCCUUCCCCAUCACGAUGCACAGCUCCCCCUCGUAGUCGAGCUGGUCGCCGUGCGCGGUCACGACCUUGGGUAUCCUGACGUCGGCGCCCCAGUCGUUGAUGGUCUCGGAGGGCUUGAUGAACACGGACGGGUACGGAGGCGGGGUCCGACCGCCUUCUUGAACUGUAUGUGCGGGGAAAAAGAGGAUUUGUUUAGUCAAGAGUUCUCCUGGCCCAUGGCGAGCUAAAACCGACCGGCCCCCAAGAGAGAGAGAGAGGUUCUCACUAUGCUUGAUGUAGUUUAGCCCGAUGCACCGAACGAUCGGCACGUCUGACUGUCUCAGCGGCCCGAGGAAGCUCUUGACCUGGAGCUCCUUUCCCGUCGGCGAGACCUCAAAGGGGCUAGGGCCUGACAGCUCUUUUGCAACCAGCUUUCCCUGGUCGAGCAGCGGGAUGAGUUCCGCACCGGAGCUGACGACGGGCUCGCCGUAGUGCUCCUGGCCGUCCUCGCCGAUAAACCGGAUGAUUCUGUUCCACGACAUGGUGGUGGUGGUGGUGAGGCGUGAUGUGCGCGCAAGAUGGGGCAGAAAUUGGAGGUAAAGACAGAGAGCCCGCGCGACGGGACCGUCCAAGCGGCAGUUUGGAAAUGAUCGUCGGCCUCCCUGGCCUCUAUCCUUGUCGGCUGCGAGCACCGAAUUGAAUCCGACUCAGCUCGCUCCCCGAUAGCGGGGUUAACUCCCCGAGACGAGGACCCGCUGUCGGGUAAGUCUUUUGUGGGACUUCUCUAGGAUCCAUGAAGUUUCGACGUCAUAUCACGGGCGGCGGCCUCACAGUUGGCGCUUCAACAUGAGUGGAUUCAUGGCCUGACAAAUCCGCCGCAAAGGGCCCCAAGGGAUACCAUGGCGGGGAAAAUGGAGCUGGCUGGCGACUUCUUGGCGCUGUCCGGCGUGGCUAUCUCGUUUUGCCGCUUCACUUCUUCGCUCUUGUUGCUUCCUCUAGAAGUAGGCUGUCAACCAGAGCCCACCGAGCCUCAUCCCAGCACGAAGCCUUCCACCAAUCCGCGAUCAUGGCAGAGCCAUAUCUUGACGUCGAGAACGUUGUCGCCAAUCUAACUAUCGAGGAGAAGAUCAGCCUCCUUUCGGGCAAGGACUUUUGGCAAACGAGGGACAUCCCACGCCUCAACAUCCCUUCCUUGAGAUUCUCCGACGGCCCCAACGGCGUUCGCGGCCAGCGCUUCUUCAACGGCGUCGCUGCAGCGUGUACACCUUGCGGCACCGGACUUGCUGCAACAUGGGAUGCCGAACUGAUAGAGCAGGCUGGGAGGCUACUGGGCCGGGAAUGCAUCGCCAAGGGGGUCCAUGUGCUGCUGGGCCCAACGGUCAACAUGCUGCGCUCGCCGCUAGGAGGCCGUGGGUUUGAAAGCUACAGCGAGGAUCCUGUGCUAUCUGGGAAUUUGGCCUCGGCCAUUAUUAACGGAGUGCAGAGCCAGGGCGUGGCCGCCUGUAUUAAGCACUUUGUCUGCAACGAUCAGGAGCACGAACGCCAGGCCUACAAUGCUGUCAUCAGCGAGCGGGCCCUGCGCGAGAUCUACCUAAUGCCGUUCCAGAUCGCGCAGAGAGAUUCAAAGCCCAUGGCGUUCAUGACGGCCUACAACCGGAUAAACGGACUGCACGUUAGCGAAGACCCCCGGAUUUUGCAGGACAUUCUCCGGCAGGAAUGGGGGUUUGACGGGCUGGUGAUGAGUGAUUGGUUUGGCACCUACUCGGCCGCCGAGUCUGUCAACGCUGGCCUGGAUCUCGAAAUGCCUGGGCCUCCUCGCGUGCGCGGCCUCAACGUCCUCAUGUCGAUCGGCUGCCAAAAGGUGGCAGAACACAAGCUGAACGAGCGUGCUCGCAACAUUGUCAACCUGGCAAACCGGCUCUACUCCCCCGACCGCCCCUUUGUCCAAAGCGCGCCCGAGACAACUGUCGACUGUGCCGAAACAUCGGCCGAGCUGCGCCGCCUCGCCGCGGAUGGCCUUGUGCUGCUAAAGAACGAAAAGAGCAUCCUGCCGCUUGACAAGAGCAAGACCGUCGCCGUCAUCGGCCCCAACGCAAACCUUGCUUCCUACGCCGGUGGCGGCUCUGCCAGCCUCAAGCCCUACUACACCACCACCCCGCUACAGGGCGUCAAGGAGCAUGUCCCCGCGGCACAGUAUGCUAUCGGGGCAGUCGGGUACAAGCAGCUGCCGCUACUCAGCCUUGUUGCAAAAACAUGCGAUGGGACGGGCAGGAAGGGUGUGCUGUGCAAAUUCUAUAACGAGCCUGCCACGGAAGCCAACCGGGUGCUGAGGGAUAUGGUGCAUACCGAGAUUUCGGAUAUGCUCCUCGUGGACUACGCCCACCCCGACGUUAACCCGGAGCUGUUUUACAUGGACAUCGAGGGUGAUUUCACGCCCGAGGUGACGGGUGAGCACGUCUUUGGCUGCUCCGUCCGCGGCACGGCCCGCGUGCUGGUCGACGGCGAGCUGGUCGUCGACAACGCCAUGAACCAAACUCUGGGCGGCACCUUCAUGGGCGCGGGCACGCGCGAGGAACGCGGGAGCAAGGUCCUGGAGGCGGGCCGCACGUACCAAGUAGUGCUGCAGUUCGGGUCCUCGCAGACGCAGACGGUCAAGAAGAAGGGUGCGACGGCGAUGCGCGGCGGCGGCGUCCGCGUCGGCUGCGCGCCCGCCGUCGAGUCCGAGGCCGAGAUCGCAAGGGCCGUGCGCCUGGCCGCCUCGGUCGAUCAGGUCGUGCUCGCCGUCGGCCUGACGGGUGAGUGGGAGUCGGAAGGGUUCGACCGCGACUCCAUGGACCUGCCCGGUCGCAGCGACGACCUUGUGCGCGCCGUCCUCGCUGCAAACCCGAACACGGUGGUGGUGGUCCAAUCGGGAACCCCCGUUACUAUGCCCUGGGCGGCCGAGGCGCCCGCCAUCCUGCAGUCGUGGUUUGGGGGCAACGAGGGCGGUAACGCGAUCGGCGAUGUCCUAUUUGGCGCUGUUAACCCCUCGGGCAAGCUGCCCAUCACCAUCCCGCAUCGGGUCGAGGAUAACCCGGCGUACCUGAACUUUGGUUCCGAAAACGGCCGUACGCUGUAUGGCGAGGACGUUUACAUCGGGUAUCGCUUUUACGAAAGGACCAAGAAGGAUGCACCGUUCCCCUUUGGCCACGGUCUGUCCUACACCUCAUUUGAGCUUGGCGGGUUUGGCAUAGAGACCACUUCCUCGGACCCCGGUCUCGAUGCAACCGUCAAGGUAGGCGUCGACGUCGAGAACUCGGGCAAAGUCCAAGGAAAGGCGGUGGUGCAGGUCUAUGUGCGCGCCCAAGCGCCGCAGGCCGUGAAACGCCCGCUCAAGGAGCUCAAGGGGUUCGCCAAGGUGUCGCUGGAGGCCGGUGCCAAGACGAGGACCAGCAUCGAGUUCUCGAGAAAGUACGCCACCAGCUACUGGGACGAGGAGCGCGACAUGUGGGCAUCCGAGGCCGGGGUCUACGAAGUCCUGGUCGGACAGAGCUCUACAGACGUCACCGUCGCCGGGAGCUUCACGGUCAACAAGCCAACAUGGUGGAGGGGGCUUUGAAAAAGAAAAAUGCUGUGAGCUUGCAAAUGGCUGCGUGGUAUAUACACCUCGACGCCGGGACAGCGCAGAGCCACAAGGGCCAACCCAUAUGAGGGACACAUCGAGAGCUCUUUGCUGCGGGCGUGGAGGUUGGGGCAAGUAGUAAAUAUGUACACAAGAAAUCAAGACGGACAAUUGGGGGAACCUGAACCGGAGGUUCCAGGCCCUAAAACGCCUCCUACUCUAUCCUAGCAGCGGCGACAGAACCGCACAGGCCGCGCCGCCGUUGCUCCUUCUUCUUCUUCUUCUUCUUCUUCUUCUUUCGUGGUUGGUAGCGUUGAGGGCUCGGAUUUUAAGUAUCGCAUUCCUCGGCCUCAUCGGUUCCGGUGGGAGCGGGCGCCGACGUGGUGGUCGCGGUGGGCUCGGCGUCACACUCAUCGUCGGCACCAGACGGAGCAACAGUCGUGGAAGCGGCGGCAGAGGCAGAGGCAGAGGUCGAGGUCGAGACGGGUUCGGCGUCGCACUCGUCAUCGUCGCCCGUGGCGGGCGCGCUCGUGGCGGUGGGCGCGGCGGCAGCG